GCCGGGCUGGGCGGACCUUCUUGCGCCUUCGCGUUGAGACGGGAACGGCGCUCGGCCGCACGGAUGCGGCUUCGCGAGGCGAAGGGCCGGCUCUCUUGUUGCCCGGGGAUGCCCGGGGCCGAGUCUGUCCUUGUCGCAGGUGGCUGCGAGGGGAGUGCGCAUGCGCGGCCGGACUGAGCGCGCGCAGAUGCCUCGUCCUUCUCUCUCUCUGCUCACGAUCGCCCUCUAAUGGGAAAAUGAGGCCAAGCACUUCACAGCUCUCCGCCAGCCUGUGCGAAGCGCUGCGGGGCGAGGAAACCGAGAUGGUGGAGGUUCUCCUGAACAGGGGGGCGGACCCCAACCUGGUCCUGCCCGAGGGGAUCGCCGCCAUCCACUUGGCCGCCGGCACGGAGCAGGAGAGCGGGGUUCGGUGCCUCGGCCUCAUCCUGCAGUUUGGCGGGGACCCGAAUGUCAGGUCUGUGGACGGCCUGACCCCCUUGCACGUCGCGGCUUCUUGGGGGUGCUACACCUGCUUAAAGCUCUUGCUGAUGGAAGGGGGAGACCCCAGUCUGGAAGACCAGGACGGGAACAGAGCCAUCGAUCUCGCCACGGAGCAAGGGAACGAAAUGUGCGUCCGUAUCCUCCAGCAGUUCCCAGGAGAGUCAAGACAGGAGCCGAGCCCCUGGAUGUCCCACAGGCGAACUGAGAGCUUCCUCUCCACGGACGCCGAACCGUCAGAGGUGGGCAGUUGGCUGUCUGAAGAUGAGAGUCGCUCCAGCUGGCUCGACGGGACCCUGAAAGAGAGUUCUGAAGAUGCAAAACCCGGCGGCAGCUCCCCGCACUACCGUAUUGCCGCUGCUCCGACCGAGCAUCCGUGGAACUGUGUCCCAGAAGAUGAAAUGUGUUGCUUCGGAGACUGUCCGUCCACCUCGUGGCCGACGGAGGAUUCUCAGGGGCACGGCGCAUUUCACAAUCGCUGCAAUCCGCAUGCUUGGCCAGGGGCCUCAUCUAGUACUUUGCUCUCUUGUAGCAACAUCCCUGGAAACCAAGCCCCGCGCCUGUCUUCAGUACGGGUUCCUGGUGACGCGUCUCCAUGCCCCAGAUCGGAAGUGCCUGUUGGCACGCCCCAGGCUCCCGGCUUCAAAAACACUACAGACGAAGGGCGGCGGUCGUCUCCGGAUCCGGCGGCUUUUCAAGAUGGCACCUCUCCCGACUUGUCGGUCAACUCACCGUCAAGUACUCUGAAAUGGAGCCCAGAAGUAUUGAGCACUACGGGACCCCGGGGAAAGCGCCAGACCCCUCUCAUUCGUGCAAUUCGGGAUGAAUGUGAAGCGAGCGUCCUUGAAACGCAGGACGCUGACACCACCCUCAACCUUUCUCAGUACAAGAGCUUUCUUGGUCCAGAUCUCAUGAAGGUCACCGGCCAGGAAGGGCUGGACGUCACCUCACCGGAUCACGCCUACGUUUUCUCCCAGUUGGACUCCACAGCCAUGCUGGACUUGGAAAAGACUGUGGUCGACCUGGCGUUUCUGACCCGGGCGUGUGGGAAACCGGACGGAUGCCGAGGGGAGGAGCAGUCUUUCAGCGAGAGCCCAGAUGGCCGCAGCAGCCGCAGCCAGUAUACCUCCUGCGACAGUGAAUGUUAUGAGAGCUUUUCAGAAGCACCGUCCUGCUACAAGGCUCAGAAAUACGGGGAGAGGGAAGCAGGCCUUGUCAGUUCUCCAUGCAGCUGGAACAACGCGCAAAGAAAUCAUUUGUCAUCCCAGAUUUCCCAAGACCCACAUUCCGGUGCAGCAGAGUGCCAUUCAGGAGAGCAUGCCAAGACACAAUCUGUGCCAGCGGCUGGCAGAGAGGUGGCCUCUCCCGCCAAAUCCGAGGGCACAAAACAGUCGUGCGACGGAUCUUGUCUUAGAGAAGCAUUUUCCAAGAUCUGUGCCGGAAAGAGAUCCCUGGAUCUUCACAACACCGGACAGAGUGAAUGUCUGGGGGACGUCAGGGAGCCGGGUCUGUCCCGAGCGUCCCAGGGUGACCUUCUCGUAAAGGAUCCUACAGACAACUGGGACUUCUGCACGCUGCCGUUGAGGGAAUCGCAGCGCCUGGCUGUUCCCGAUGACCCCGGGGAAGAGGGCGCAGCGCCUGUGGAGGCUCCGGCUUCCGUGACCGGAAAACAAGACACUGUUGCUAAAAAGCAAAGGGGAUCAAACGGAGCCACCUCCGGUGGAGCAUCAGUCGAGCUGAAUGCCGACCAAGGGAGAAGGCCCGCGCCGGGUCUCUCUCGGAGCACCCAGGACGUGGCGAAAAGAGACGGGGAUUCAGGGGCUGAAGACACAGUACUUAUCCGGAGGGAAUCUGAAGAGACGCAGCCUUUACCAGGCGGCGAGAGCGCCGUCACACCUGCAGAGGACACGGUGGCUGUCCCGCCUCGCGCUCUGAACGUCGGAGAGGAUGAGACCCCAGAACUGGACGUGAGGAUGAUGAUGCUCGCAACCAAGGCCUGCCACUCGCCGUUGCUCCAGCAGGACCAAAGACCCUGCCACGUCACACCCCGCUCCAAAGGCCGCAUGACUUCCUCCAGCGGCCACAGCAGCAGCAGCGCCUCCCUCUUCGACGAGACCCUGGAGAUGCCGAGGCGCCCCAGGAGAGUGAGGAGUCCCGACGGGAUGCCGGCGGCGGCGGCCAGCGAAGGAAGGAGUCGCGGAAGCUCACCUUGCCGCAUGGAAGAAGAAACCGGCAGCCUGGAGGAUACCGAAUUAAUCGCAGGGAGCGCCAGGAGCUGCCAGCAAGCCAGCCAGCAGCCGUCUCGUCCUUCGGGCCCCACCGUCGAUAGCCUCGGGGCACCAACAAACUCUGGGAGAAGAAUCUGCACAAACGAUACCAGGUCCAGCAGGGAGGCAGACGUAACCCUCUACAUCUGUUGCCAUGUGGGCUUAGAGGCUAAGCCUCCCUUAAUCGAGAGCCCGUGGCCGCCGAGGGAGGAAAUGGAAGAAGGCCCAGCCCAAGAAGGGGUUGACACCGUGGCUUCUUGUAGCGAGCUUGGGAAAUCGUGCAAGAAGCACAGCGGCUCCCAAAGGCCGCCCAGUCGGCCGCGGAUUAGUUUCAGCCGGCUCUCCUCCAGAGGUCCUUUGGGCGUGCCGGGAUGCAUCAGCCCCCUGCCCGAAAGAUGGAGCCCCGGUCGCGACUCCUGCCACCCGGGCGUCCCGCUCUCGCCCGGAGGCCGGCCUGUGAAUCUCAGUGCCAGCGAGCCCGUGGAGUACCUCUACGUGGACGAAGACAGGCGGCACGCCCUCGUCGAGUGGCACGUUCCGAGCACGGACUGCUCGGUGGCCGGCACGACGAGUUCCGAAGACACUAUUAUCUACGACUGGCGGGCGUUCACUAAGAGCCAAGCGGCAGGGCAGUCGGGCAAGGAGAACAGCCCCCCACGGGCUCUCCCGAAGCUGGACCAUCUCUCCGAUGAGGCUCUGGUCAGGAAGCUGCGAGACUUCGGUGUCAAUCCCGGACCCGUGACGGGGCUCACCCGGAAGGUUUACGUGCAGCUGUUGGAGAAGCUGAUGAGCGACCCGAAGAGCAAGGCCCGGAAGGGCUCCGCAGGGUACAACCUGGAGCUUUCUUCGGCCCUGGAAACGUAUCAGAUCCCAGAUGGCAAAGACGACGAGAUGACUCUGUCCAGGCAGUUCGACCAGCCGGACAAGAACCGGAAGUGGCGGGAGGGGGUGCUCAAGUCCAGCUUUAAUUACCUGCUGCUGGAUCCCAGGGUCACUCAGAACCUGCCCUUCCGCUCGCAGUACGUGAGCCAGGCGGAAUGCUUCCGGACCUUCAUCAGCGCCAUCUUCUACGUGGGGAAGGGGAAGCGGUCCAGGCCUUAUUCUCACCUCUACGAAGCCUUGACACACUACAAGGAGAGCCGGAGGAAGCGGGGGGCCAAGGCAUGUCCCAAAGUCCAGCACAUUUUGGAGAUCUGGGCGAGUGGAGAGGGUGUCAUCUCCAUUCACUGCUUCCAGAACGUCAUCCCAGUGGAGGCCUACACGCGAGAGGCCAGUAUGGUGGAUGCCAUCGGGCUGAAGAUGCUGACCAAUCAGAAGAGGGGGAACUACUACGGCAUUGUGGCAGGCUGGUCCAUGAAGCGGCGCCGGAACUUGGGCGUCUACCUCUUGCACAGGGCCAUGCAGAUCUUCCUGGCUGAGGGGGAGCGACAACUGCGUCCCGCAGACAUCCAGUGACGGGCCGGUCGUCGUCGCUCUGCCUGCCCAGCAGCCAUUGAGGCUGCAUGCUAGAGUCUUGCUGGCGCCCCGUCGUCAGGCCCAGUGCGAUCUUCUCGAUAGCAGCCAAGCACUUGGGGCUUGCUUGUGGUACAGGCUCUGGUAGUCUGCCGAUUCGUAGUGACUGAAGAGGGGGGUUUGUGGGAACUGUGUAACGAGUCGCAGCUGUAUCCCUGGGCCAGGACUGAAAGGGAGCCACAUUUAAAAGUCUAAAUGGGCGGUUGGAGGGCUAGAAAGACUAAUUUGGAACGCCGUGCUGCUUUCCUCCCCCUCCAAACUGUGAAUUGUUCUGCACCAGCACCCUUACUUGUUAAACUGCCUCCUUUUUCAUAUUUGCUAGGGAUCAUGUACCAUUAACAAGCUUUAUGCAAUAAGGUUACUUUUUAGAAACACAGGAAGACUGCGUCCUCCUCGCAUUCCAGCUAGCUAGUGAAGGGUGCCCGAGGUCUUGCUUUGUGGAUUUUUUCCCUUUUCUUUGUUGUGUGUUUUUUCAGCAAGUUGCCGUUGGGAAAUGAAAUUACUACUGAAGGUAGACAGUUGGAAUGUACAUUUUUUAAAAAAAAUCAGGUUCUCUUUUCCUAUGAGGUGAGCAAGAGCCAUUUUUGAGAACACUUUUCUAUGUUGUGGUGACCGGUAGGGAUGGGCACAAACUGGUUCAGAGCCAAAAUUCAGCACGAACGUGGCCCAUUUCGGAGCCCCUGAACCAGUGUUCAGGGAAGGUGCCUUCCCCAAACAUUUACUGAACUUUUUGUCAGUUUCGGCUGUUUGGGCCAUUUAAACCUAACAGCUGAGCAGUGCAGGUCCGCAGCUGGCCUGAUAGGUUUAAAUGGCAGCGAGCCAUUUCAGCCUAAGAGUUGAUGGACGUACCCACCCCACUGUUAGGCUGAAAUGGCUGCAAGCCAUUUCACCAGUGGGUUUCAUUUCCCCCAACUUGGAAGCAGGGGGAAGUGAAAUGGACUGUUGAAAUGGCUGCCAGACAUUUAAACCUAACAGCAGGGCUUUGAAGUGCUUCCAAAAAAUGGACAGGUUUAAUGUCUGGCAGCCAUUUAAUCAUUCCUGGGUGAUUCCCCCCCCCCCUUCUCCCGGUCGCGGCAAGUAAAAGGGGGAUCCAAACUGGCUAGUUCGGUUCAGGAUAUUUUUUGCUCGGUUCAGGAACCCCAAACUGGAAUUUUUAGGUCUGUGCCCAUCCCUAGUGGCCAGUUUUAGACUACCAUAAAUGCUUUCAUAGUUUUGCAGUUUUUAUACUUUUUUGAUACUUUUUUAA